AUGGGUGACGCCUGGGAAGAUGACUGGGAAUCGCAAGCCGACAGACUGGACAGUGAACCCACCCCGCCUCCACCGGAAAAGAAAGUGUCGUCCAAAGUGAGCAAGGCCCAACGCCGCGCUCAACAGCUGGAAUUCAACCGCCAAUUAUGGGCGGAAGCCGAAUCCCCGCAAACCUUCCAUUUCUACGAAGCCGCCUCCGAUGUGCCCCUAAAACAGGAGUUCAAACCGACCGUCACGGUUCUUAGUCGCAAUCCAGUCAUCGCUACGAGACAAUCCUCUUCGGCCGCUGGGGCUGCCGCGAGUCUUGCGCGCUUGGAUCUGAACGCCGACGACUCAGACGACGAAAAGCCGCCGGAGCCUACCCCGGAGGAACGCCAGGCAAUGGCCUUGAAGAACCGGGAGGAGAAGCAGCGCAAGUAUGAGGAGGUGCGCGAAAGACUUUUUGGUUCACCGUCUGCCCCCACCUCCGGGGCAUCUUCACCACGAAGCGCGACCCCUCCUAGGCAAGAAGGCCGAGGGAAAGGGAGGGGCCGUGGAAAUGGGAGGGACAAUAACAAUCGAGAUCGGAGAGACCAGUCUGCCGCGUCAGGGAAGCCGAAACAACUCUACGACCCGGCCUCCCCCUCCAGCAGGCCCAAUUCGUCUUAUGGCAGAAGGGAUUGGCAGAGUGGUGAAACGAGCCAGGGCGAACAGCCGCAAUCCCCGCGCCAGCCAAUCCGCAACCCUCGCGGCCCAGAUAGUAGUGGAAGAGGUGGCUUCAGGGCACACCGGGGAGCAAAAACACCCUAG